CCACAAACAAAUGCGUCCCUUAACCUCAGAAGAAACGACAACUCUUUUCGAGAAGCUUGCAAAAUAUAUUGGAUCCAACAUUAAGCAUUUAAUCGACAGACCUGAUGAGACGUAUUGCUUCCGUUUACAAAAGAACAAAGUCUAUUAUGUCAGUGAAUCUAUGGUGAGAAUGGCAGUGAGUGUGGGACGUGAUCAGCUUGCAUCAGUGGGUACUUGCUUUGGCAAGUUCACAAAGACUGGAAAGUUCAAAUUACACAUUACGGCACUUGAUUAUUUAGCACAGUAUGCAAAGUACAAGAUCUGGAUCAAACCAAAUGGUGAAAUGCCUUUUCUUUAUGGUAAUCAUAUUGUCAAAGCUCAUUUAGGUAGAAUUACAGAUGACACACCUGAACACACUGGUGUUGUCAUCUUUUCCAUGUCUGAUUCACCACUGGGAUUUGGUGUGACAGCACGAUCAACAGUAGAUAUGAAAAGACUUCAGCCUACAGACAUUAUCGUGUUCCAUCAAGCUGAUGUUGGGGAAUACCUUCGUGAUGAAGAUACACUGUUUUAAUUAUGGAUUUGUAAAAUAUAAAAUCAAUUUUAGAGUUGUAUAAAAAAAUUUUUGUUCAUGAUGCCAUUGAUGACACUUGUCGUGUAACCUAUGCAUUAGUAUGACAUUACCAUAGUUUCAGCCCUGAGUUAUACUUUGUUAAUACUUGUCCAAUUCGAUACAAUCUUUUUUCUUUGAUUGUUUCUUUUUUUUUUUGUUACUUUGUGGUAAAAAAGACCCAUUUUUAGAGUGCCG